GGGACGUGGUGGGAAGCUCCCCUGGCAGCAGGGGAGACGCAGCCCAGCGCCGCGGCAGCGGGCAUCCCCGCGGUGUCGGGACGGGAGCCCAGUCCCGGGGCGGGCAGGGCUGCGGGGCGGCGCGGGGACGGCGCUGCCCAGGUAGUGGGGGCGGACCGCUGCCGCCCGCCCCGGCCGCCGCUCCCCGCUCGGCUCGGGUUACCUGGGCGGGCCGCGGCGCGACUCUUCCCGUCUGGCCCGGCCCCCGCGACGGGAAGUGGGAGCGAGGGGCCGCGCUUGGACGGCCCGGAUGCCGGAGCCAUGGAUCUUCCCGGAGCUCCGCUGCGGUGCCGGCUUUUCCUCGCCGUCUGCUGGCUGGUCGCCGCAGGGACGGCGACAGAAGCAAAAGUUCUUCCACCUCCAUCCAACCUGGACUACUCAUUUAUCCAAAUCUGCACCCUGAACUGGACGUGGAACCCCCCAGAGAACAUCAGCAGUAGCUGCGACCUGGAGUAUUCCAGUGACAUCGUGAUUGAUGAGGUCCCUCAGCACAAAAGAGAAUGGAGUAAGAGUCGCUUCCGUGUGACAGAUACGUUCUUGAAUGAGGAAAUGCGUUUCAAAGUGAGAAGUGAGUGCAAGUAUGAUAACACCAGCGAGCCCAGCCGAUGGGUGGAGACCUCUCUUCUGCCAAAAGGUAUUCCAGGUACUGCUGCUGUUGGCUUGAGCUGUGUUUGGUACAAUUUGGAGUACAUGGUUUGUACGUGGCAUCCUGGGAAGAAUGCAAGCAGCGAUACCAAUUAUACGUUGUUCUACUGGUUUGAUGGUUUGAAAAACCAUAAGAAGUGCAGCAACUAUUCUAUGCACCAAGGAAUCUUUGGAUGCACUUUCAAUCUUAGCUUCCCAAAAGGCACCAAUACUUACCCAGCUAUAAGUAUUUUAAUUAGAGAUGAUUCUGAAGAAAUUAGGCCUGUAUGUGCAAGUAACAAUCCUACCACCCUUGUAAAACCUGCUACACCAAGACGAGUUACACUGGCAAAGAUUAAUGAUGAAAUAUAUGUAAAAUGGAGUGAAUCGGACACCUUUCCAGAAAAUUGUUUAUUUUAUGAAGUUGAAUAUCACAAUGGUGAUUUGGACACUGCUCAGAUAAUUAAAGUUGAAAAGAAUUAUACGUCAAUUCCUAGCGUUGAUCCUAAUAGCAAGUACAUCUUCAAAGUAAGAGCAAAACCAAAGCCCGAGUGUUACAGCAGCAAGCUCUAUAGUGACUGGAGUGAAGAGAAGAGCAUUGGUGAGAAGAUGGACUCUACAUUCUAUUUUGUUUUAAUAAUCACCAUUCCAUUAAUAGUAGCAGUAUCGACGAUAAUUCUACUAGUUUAUCUAAAAAGGCUGAAAAUACUAAUUCUGCCACCAAUUCCGGACCCUAGAGAAAUUCUUAAGCGCAUGUUUGGAGAGCAGAAUGAGGAUUCCCAGGUCUCAGUGGAAACUCUACUAAGCGUGUAAUUCUCCAUCCUCCUGCCUGAGCUUCACCCAUUAGCUGUAGUUGGAAGCACUCUUAAGAUGUGCCAACCUUCAGUUCUUCUUUGUCUCCAGAGAGGACAGCUCUUCUGUCAACCAAGCCUAAGCCAUGUCCCUAAUAAGCACAAUUUGUUGCCCAGCUGACUUGGCUUUUUCACCAUAAUACAGGCAAUAUGUUGUGAAAUGGGUCUGUCUUACUGGGCUGAAAUAACAAUGCUCACCAUGUAGAAGCGCUGUUAAAAAUGUUGUUGUUCUCUUUCAGAACUGUGCAAAGGAUGAUUCUGUGAAUGCUUACGACAGGUUAAUUAAGGAAGAAGAAAUUCAUUCUUUAAUUUUUACAGAAACUCCAGAGUGUGCUAAUUCUGAAAAAGAAAACCGAUAAACUGCUUUACCAGUGAAAGACGAGGAAACUUUCAUUCCUGCUCCCGUACCUCAGGUGACAAUGUAGAUGUGAAGAGGCCUGUAAGACAUUCACUAACUUUCACCUUACUGAGUCCUCUCUGAGCCUUAGUUCUCUGAUGCUCAGAAGAUACAUCACUAACAGUGGCCAUUCCUCCAUCUCUGGUAGAAAUACUCAUCUUGGAUCAUUCGAGAUGAGCGUGUACAUAACUUUGAUCUGACUGUAUUGCAGCAUCUCUUGUCCUGGCUCCAGCCAGCUCUGCCCUAUUACUUGCCAUUUGCACUUGUGUUUGUGCCUCACAUUAGACUGUAAAUGAGUUUUUUUGGAGCAAGCACUGUGACUUCUCUGAAGUAUUUGGCUCAAUUUUGCAGCAGGUGAGAUGAGGCUUGUUUACAGUAGAUGGCUCAUUAGUGCUACUAUGUGGAACUGCUGCCAGGUGGGAUGCCGGAGCAAGGACCAUUUGUGGACGGCCUGUUUCAUGGGCUCCAGGGCAGGACGCUUUCCAGAGGGCAUUUAUGGACUGACCACCUUACGCUUCUGGUCAAUGUGUGUCAGCUGUGGCCUGGUGAAAGCCCUUACAAAAGGGUUGUUUUUUUCUUUAAAAAUGUGUAUGAAAAGCUUCUCCGCUUUGCAGCUGAUAUUCAGACCAUUCAUAGAAAAAACUUAAUUUUUUAUCCUUUCAAGUGCCUGUCCUCAUAUGCCUUGCCUUCAUGGACUUCUUGGGUUAAUUACACUUUGUUUAAAAUGAUAAAUGGAAUUUUUUACUUGUGUUGUGCAGUGGCAGAUAACUGUAUUGAGUCUCACCAGACUGUGAUUCUACUUUGGCCAUAUUGGCCUGAGACCACCUGAUUUUUGGAAGCUAAGUCAUCCUGAGUCUGUCCAGCAAAAUUACCAGCAUGGAUACGUGAGCUUAAGGAGUUGUGGUCAAAUUGAUUAGCAAGUGCUAAACCACUAAAACCAAAUUAGUUCAAAGACUUCAAGACCCAUCCUUACUGCUGAGCUGGUGGAUUUGGGGGAAGAGGGGAUGACAACCUUGGCCUGCUUUCUAAGGGAUAAGCUUUAUUCUUUCUAUAGUGAUGAGGCUGUGAUUUGAGCUUCCCCUCUAGGAGCUUAGCAAUUUAAAACAAGGUGCUGAUUUGACUUUUAAAAAAAAAAUUGUUCUAUAUUUUACUGCAGUAGCUUGAUGACUCGGGGCGGGGGAGGGGGUUAUUGUUUUUUUUUUUAAAUCAGUAAUUGAUUUGUUAAUUUUUGGAUGGUUUUGGAUAGAGUUUGCUUUACCCAGCAAAGUUCAACAGACGUUUUCUGGCACAACUGUGACAUUUCCCUGCUCUGAAUUCUGAGCAUUAGUUUCUACCCUGUGCUGCAAGGGUGUUAACAGCAGUAUCUUGGUUGUGCUGCAGGCAGAAAGUAAUGUUAUGAGGAGAAAGGGAUCCAUGCAAGCUGUUUAUGGUUAGUGUUCAGGAAUUUCUUGCUCCUCCCAGCUAAGUGCAGACAUGUUAGUCAUUGAUAUAGUCAGUCUUAGCAGACUGGGAAGAGAUCUCAGAAGUUUCCUAGGAACAAACUGUAUAGCCACUAGCCUUUUAAAGUUCAGCCCUGUCCUCCAACUCCAUUCAAACAAAAAUCUGAAAUGAAUGCUACAUCUUGAGAACAUACUGUUCUGUGAGAAAUAGAACUAAUGGCGCUUGCUUUUUAGCUACAAAUUUACAUCCUUUACCCUCUUAUGUAUUCCCUCCCUCUCAAUAAAGCAAAUUCUUUCCCCGGUCCCCACUGAGCCUCUCAAAUACACAGUUUCCUCCACAUCUCUUAUCUACCUUUCGUCACUGGUGGUAGAAAGGGGAGGAGAAAUGUAGCAGAGCUAGUAGACCCCAUAUUAGCUUAAAUCUUUUACUUACAAUCAGGCUAAAAAAAAAAAAAGACAUUAUGAAAAUUGGUUAAUGAGACAAAAUGAGAAUAAAGUCUCAGGGAUUUCAGAUAAAACGAAACUCAGGUUAUACAAAGUCAGCUAGCAGCACUAUCUGAUAUUCCAGAGGUAUAUCAGAAAGGAAAUGGAAAGGGUAAUUAAAUUCCUGUGCCAACUUCGUUCCCUCUCCCCCACAACAUUUAUAUCAUUAUAGCGAUAUAAGUGUUUCUCAAAUCUACCUCAUCUAGAAUGUUGCUCAUCAUAGACCACUAGACAAACAGAAAUGUAUGAUUUCAAGAUAAGUAAGCCUAACAGUGUAAUAUAAAGUUAUGUGGCUUUCAGUAUAGCAAUCUAGGAGGAUGAUCCUUGGUACUUUACCCUAAAUUAUUUUGACUUUUGUUUUGGUGUUUAUGGUAAAACAAAAAAAAAAACCCCAAAUUCUUAAAGCCAAAGGAGUGGAAAAAACAGACGGAAGGUGUUAGGCCAAAAGAAGACUUAAACGCAGAGGAUGGUUUCAAUCACUAUAUAGAAAUGUUUUGGGUAAUUCUUUGUUUCCUGAAUAAUAGUAAUUGACACACUUCCUAAUGGAUGAAUUUCUUGAGCCUGUGGUUUGGCAUGUAAAGUAUGUGUGUGAGUAUAUUCUCAUCUUUAACUUUCUUGUUUAUGGUUAGGGGUUUUUUAGUUUGAAAUUUUCCAAGUUUUGCUAUCAUUUGUUUGUUCUGCAUUGCAGUUACUUGAUCUGUAAGUUUGUUUAAAGAAUGAAUAAAUAUGUUUGAAUGUUUUUCAACA